CGGGAACGCGACGCUUCCUGGUUAACUACAAAUGGAGCCAUCGCCCUGUUUUUAAACCUGAGCUGCGGUGGGAAAUCUGGUCGAAGGGAUCGCAAUGUCCCCCACGAGGGAUUGCAGCUUGGUCGUCGCCGUCGUGCUCUACCUGUGCGUGACCGCGACAUGUACAUUCCCAUCUUUGGAUCACUUAAAAGCGCAAGCCAGCGACAAGACACAGGGCAGAGCUGUGGUCGGGCUGCUGAGACGCCUGCUGGGGAACCGAUCCACAGAGUUUAUCAUCAUAGUUAAUCGGAGCCUCUCCAACGAUAGCCUCGAUGUGUGUGAGCUCAAAUCCACGAGAAACAACAAGAUAGUCGUUACGGGCAACACUGGCGUGUCUGUGGCCUCGGGGCUUUACAACUAUUUGAAGUAUUUCUGCAAUUGUCACGUUUCGUGGUCCGGUGAUCAGCUGGAUCUGCCCCGUCCUCUUCCGAAAGUCUCCGGUGUCCUCCGCAUCAACACCCAGCACAGGUUCCGCUACUAUCAGAAUGUCUGCACUGCAAGUUAUUCGACUGUGUGGUGGGACUGGCCAAGGUGGGAGAGGGAGAUUGACUGGAUGGCACUUAAUGGGAUCAAUCUUCCAUUGGCUUUCACUGGUCAAGAGGCCCUGUGGCAAGAGGUUUACCGCGCUCUUGGUUUAAACCAAUCGGAAGUGGAAGAAUUCUUCGCCGGCCCGGCAUUUCUGGCCUGGAACCGCAUGGGAAACAUGUUCAAGUUUGGUGGGCCUCUGCCGCAAUCCUGGCAUGUCAACCAGCUGACCCUCCAAUUUAAAAUCUUGGCACGCAUGAGAUCAUUUGGCAUGAUUCCAGUGCUGCCAGCCUUCUCUGGGAACAUCCCCAAAGGAAUCCUCAGGUUGCAUCCAGAGGCAAAUGUAACAAGACUCGGGCCUUGGUCUCAUUUCAACUGCAGCUUCUCCUGCUCCUAUAUCUUGGACCCGAGGGAUCCGCUUUUCCUCCGGAUUGGUUCCCUCUAUCUCUCCCAGGUGAUCAAACAAUUUGGGAGCGAUCACAUCUACAACACGGACACCUUCAAUGAGAUGAUUCCGCCCUCCUCGGACCCCGCUUACCUGUCAGCGGUCAGUCGAGCCGUCUUUGCCUCAAUGACCGCCGUCGAUCCUCAGGCAGUUUGGCUGAUGCAGGGUUGGUUGUUCUUUAGUGCUGGCGAUUUCUGGAAGCCUGCCCAGAUCCAGGCCCUACUACACGGCGUGCCGCUUGGACGGAUGAUCGUGCUGGAUUUGUUUGCAGAGACGGAGCCAAUUUUCUCCUACACUGAGUCUUUCUACGGCCAGCCUUUCAUCUGGUGCAUGCUGCAAAACUUUGGCGGCAACAGCGGUCUCUUUGGCACAGUUGAGAGUGUCAACUCGGGGCCCUUCAGAGCCUCGCGUUUCCCCAACUCCACCAUGGUGGGCGUGGGGAUGACACCCGAGGGCAUCGAGCAGAAUCCCGUCAUGUACGAAUUAAUGAGCGAACUGGCGUGGCGCAAGGAGCCCGUCAACUUGGUCAAAUGGGCGUCCCUGUACGCUCUGCGUCGUUACGGCACCACGCAAGAGAGUCUGAUCGCCGCGUGGAGACUCCUGUUCUCCAGCGUCUACAACUGCACCGUGCCGCAUUAUCGAAAUCAUAACCACAGCCCUCUGGUGCGCCGGCCUUCGUUCCGACUUCAAACCGACCUUUGGUACGACCCUGGGGACUUGUUCAAAGCGUGGCAACUCCUCGUCCAAGCGGCGCCUUCCCUUAUGUCCAAGGAAACGUUCCGGUACGAUCUGGUCGAUGUCACCCGGGAGGUCUUGCAAGUUCUAACCACCAAGUUUUACCUGGAUAUCGCAGAUGCUUUUCAUAAACAAAAGUUGCCGGAACUGCUGGUUUCAGCAGGGGUGCUCCUGUACGACCUUUUGCCAGAACUCAAUCGUUUACUUUGCAGCGAUGGGAAUUUCCUCUUGGGAAAAUGGCUGGAGCAGGCCAAAUCUUUAGCUCUUGAUGAGGAGGAGGCCCAGCUUUAUGAUAUGAAUGCCAGGAACCAGCUGACUUUGUGGGGCCCCAAUGGUGAGAUCCACGACUAUGCCAGCAAGGAGUGGGGAGGCCUCGUGGAGGACUACUACGCCCAACGAUGGGGCCUUUUUGUCCAAACACUGGUGGAGUGUCUGGACAGUGGACAGCCAUUUAAGCAAGAUGCCUUCAACCAGGCGGUCUUCCAGGUAGAAAAGGGAUUUAUUUAUAAUGGUCAAAAGUACCCCACAAAGCCUCAAGGUGACACGUACGAGAUCACCCGUAGGAUCUUCCUAAAGUAUUACCCACUAGCCUUGAAAACCUUGAAAAGACUUUAAUGAUCAACAGAGACUACAUAAAGGAAGAAUGUGAAGAGGUGCCCCAAACUACUUUAAGAGAAAAAUGAUCAAACAAAAGAAAUGUUUUAUCGGACACAGAAUCUAAAGAGAAAUAAAAUCUGUCAAAUGA